UCGUUUCGAGCUCGACUUUUUCCCGCUGGCCGAGUGCACAACAACAAGAAGCUGGAGCUGGAGCUGUGGCUGAAGCUGAAGCUGAAGCCCAGGAAGAAGCAGUAGUAGGAGCAGGAGAAAGCGGAGAAAGGAGAAAGAGAGAGAGAGAGAGCCGAGAGCCAAGAGGACCCAGCAGCCAGAGGAGUGAAAUUCGAGGAGGGGCGCAAAGGGAGUGGGUGUACGAGUGCCAUAAAGUGGAAAUACGAAACGCCUUGAGCGGCGGCAGCGACGUCGACUGCGGCAGCGACAGCGACGUCGGCAGAGGGACCCGCGUCAGGCGGCCAAGCAAAAGGCAGACAAACAGUCAAAUCCUGCUGAGACGACACGACGAGUCCUUGCUCGUCGGUUCAAACGUGCGGAACACUCUUGGAGCCAGUCGAACCAAAAAACAAGACACAGGAACACUAGAAGCCAAGCUAGUCCACAAAACACCACUCACCACUCACACACCACUACACACUUGCCCCCCAAAAUAAAAAAAAAACAACAAGGGAAAGUUUUCACUUCAAAAAUUAUAAUUAAAAACAAAUACCAAAUUUAAUAACCAAGUCACCAAGUCAAAACAAUAUGUUGAAGAUAUAUAUCCUCAUCCAAGUGCAGUGACUCGUGUGCAAAAGUUAUCCAACCACAACACCCCCAAAAAAGCAAAGAAAUCAGUUCCAGUUAAUUGUUCUCCCUCAAUUGAUGGCUAACACUGUGAAUUUUAAUUAAUAUACAAAAAAAAAACGUAGUUUAUAUGAAAAACCAAAACGAAAACUAAGUGCCGCAAGCUGAGAGCGCUAAACACGGAAAAGUGCUAAAAGUUCCUUAAACAAAUAUAAAUAACAAAACGAAAAAAAAACAAAAGCAAAACAAAUUAUUGUUACAACUACUUAUAAAAAUAUACAAAUUAUACAACAUCCAUUUUCUUUGCAUUUUAAACAAAAAGUGUUAAAAACGCGUUACUAAAAAGUGAGCAGCUCAAAACAAGAAAAAGGGAAAAACCAAAGUGCCGCGGAAUAAGAACUGUUAAGCCUACGAGAAAUUACAGAAUCGAAAAAAACAGUCCAGUGUAGAAAAGUACGGAAAAAUCAAAUCAAAAUUGGAAUAGUGCCGACGGAAGACAGCAACUAGUUGUUAGCAGGUAUAGCCCUCAGAACUAGCGAGGGCGGGUCGUCAGAGGCCAAGCAGGUUCAAGCGGCCACAUACCCACAUAUACCUAUACCAACUCCAAACUCUCGAGCCCCGAAACCCAAACUCCCCGGCCAGCGUAGACAAUUGAUUAUUGAUUUUGUCUAAGGCAGCAGGAACUUCACAGCUUAACGUAAAACAAAACUUGGCAGCAGGGCAACAAAGGGCGACGAAAGGCGAGAAAAACAACGAAGUAGAAGACCAGAGGGAAAAAACCAACACACUCACACACACACACGGAGAAACCGGAAAACUCGGAUCGGAAAACUCCGGUGUUGAGUCCAGUGUUGUGCAAUGCCAGGCUUAGGCCGGCACAGUGUUGGUCAGCAGAGUGGGGCCUGAAGACCCACAAAAGCUGAGUGCGAAAAGAGCGGUCUAAACUUAGUGACGAAGAAACAAUUUUGAGGACAACCCCCCUCAAGACCACCUGCCAUUCUAUCUCCCCCCCCCCCUGGAAACCCGCCCCCACUGUAAUUUCCCCUUUGGUCAACACCCCGCCAUCACCCCAAAGAACCGCCAAAAUAAGCCGUCUAAUCGAGAAACUGCGACAGACGAACAAACGGAAAAUGUUCUGCUCGCUGGCCCAGACGCUCUUCUGCGUCCUGCUCAUCCAGGGCGGCCUCUAUGCCCUCCACCUGAGUGGCAACGGGGACAAGUCCCUGGGCGAGGGCAAGGCCAUCCAGGCGGUGCCCAGCCAGGCGUUGGGCCCCUCCGUCGGAGGAGCCUCCUCCUCCUCCUCCGCCUGGCAGACGGCUCCGUCGCAGCAGCAGCAGCACCAACAGCAUCCCGGUGGAUCUCCGCCGGGCGGUGGCUCCUCGCAUGGCCAUUCCAGGUCAGCGGCGGCGGCCGCCUUUGAUGCCACCACCGUGCGGCUGAACAAGGAGAUCGCCGACAUGGCCCAGUUGGAGCGGGAAAGGCUGAUGCUGCUGGCCCGAGCCAAGCAGACGGCGGAGCAGCCGGCGGGCAAUGGCCAUGGACGUGGUCACCCCUUCAUCGCCGGCCGGAUACAGAUGCAGCCCAGCGAGGAGCUGGACGUGGGCGACUACCCCGCCCUGCUGCAGCAGGCCGCCCGCGGCUACAUCUUCGGCAAUGUCCAGAAGCAGCCGCCCACUCCGAUCAGCCUGGAGCAGGACUACGAGCAGCUGCGGGAGUUGGAGAACAGGCCCGUCAAGUACUACGGCCGGGUGGUGCAGCCAGCGGAGCGGGAGGAUCAGGCCGAGGCGUUCUACGAGCCACUGCACUCCUUCGGCGACUUCGAUGACUUCUCGGAACUGGAUCAGGAGCAGGAGCAGGAGCCGCACAUGGGCAGCGAGGACGAGCUGCUCAGGGAUCUGGAUGCCUACCAAUAUCACGGGCUGGAGGAGGAGCCGCUGCCGGAGAAUCCCUACCGCACGCUGGAGCAGCUGGAGCUGGCCGCACCCGAUUCCCUGCAACAGCUUUUCGAGCAGGAGCAGGAGCAGCGAGAUGCCCCCUCCAAGGGCAUGCACACGGGCAAAGGCCACAAUCCGGGAAACUACAACAUAAGGGUGCAGCAAAAGUGGGCCCGGAAACGAAACAAUGGCCUAGGAAUCGCCCAUAAUCCCGAGGCGGAGAAGCAGCUGCAGCGCCAGAUCUUUGCGCAGCACUUUAAGCCGCAGCGAAAUGGCAAGCUAUUGGAGCCCUCGGCCAGCAAGCAUCUAAAGACCUCCAGUCGAUCCGGCUCGAAGGACCCCGAGAAGGCCAAUACCGAGCUGGGAGCUAGUGCAUCCGCCACUGGCGCAAAUAAGCAGACAACAGGCGAUGGACUAGCCAAACAGCAGACGGAACAGCAGUCGCAAGACAAAAAGGAUCCGGGCCACAAGAGAUCCGGAUCGGGAUCAGCGGGAUCCGUGGGAGGCGGCUACUUGCCGCAGCCACCUGUAUCCCAUAGUAUAGCCAGCCAGCUGAUGCUGCGCACCGCCCGCGGUCAACGGCAGUACGAUGUGCCACAAAUUGAGUGUCCAACCGCCAUGGAUGGCAUGGAGCGGUUUGCCUGCCCGAUUCCCGACCGGCAGGGCCGAUACCGCUGCAUAGACGAUCAUGUGCUGUGCGAUGGCUUCAUCGAUUGUCCCGACGGCGAGGACGAGGACCGGAGAUCCUGCAUGUUCUACAAGACGACGAAGGCUCACUUGGAUGUGUUAGCGGAUGCGUUACUACGCUGGGCGCGAGGGCGUUAAGCUCUGUCCACCCACCAACCACACACUGAUACACACUCUCUCUAAACACACACACACCCCAAACAAAUACACUUUAAACAUUAAUGAAAAUAAAUUAAUUUUAACGUGUCCCAAGUGAAGCAAAAAAACCCUAUUAAGUUUAAACAUUACUUAAGAUCAACUAACACACACACCCACACACACACACAUAGACAAGCCAACCACCCGCCUGUCCUUUGACAAGAGAUUAAAAUCGCAGAAAAAUUUUCCCAGAAAAACAGAAACCUAUACAAAAAGAAUAUAAAAAUGCAGCUUGCAAAAAGCUGAAUGGAUUGCCAAGUAAGAGAACAGAAAGCUAUGAUUAAAAACAAAAUGAGGCAGCAAUUAUGCUUAAUGAGAAGGUAUGAUUAUUAUUACACUAUUAUUAUUAAAAAUUAACUUAAUGAAAGCCCAAGAACAAAACGCAGUUAUACAUACUAAAGCUAAAUUAUAAUUCAAAACAAAAAAAAGGACAACAAAAUAAGACAAAAUCGAAACUGUUUUUUUUUUUGUUUCGUUCAUUUGAAAUUUGUUUCGCAGGAACAGAGAAGAUAAUGAGGAAAAACAAAAUUGGGCCUAACUAUUUUUAGUAUAUAUUAAAUAAAUAUAUUAUAAAUAUAUCUUACUAUAUGAAAUAUAUUUCGUGUACAUUAUUUAAUUAUACGUGUAUUAAAGUUUAAAUGUUAAAUAAACCAAAAGAAAUGAAAUCAAAACGAAGCAAGCAGAAAAAAAGCGAUAAAAAACAUGAGGAAGCAAGCGAGCAGAAGAAGAAUGAAAUUAUAUAUACAUAUACACAGAAAAAACAGACAUAAAAUAUAUAUUAAUAGUAUACAUAUACCAAUAACAAACAAAUAUACAAUUGAAGGAAAAUAUUGCAUUAGGUUUUAUUGCUGAUAACUGAACAAGCUAAUGAGUGCAAUAUAAUAUACUUAUAUACAAUGCAAUAACAGCAAGAUUAGCGACAAAAACAAACAUUUACAACUUAGAAGAUGAAGCAAAACAUUUACAUAAAGAAAAAGACUUGACUUCAUAUAAAACCCAGUUUUGUUCGAUAGUUGAGGCUUCAAAACGUUAAAGCUUUUAGUUUAAAGUUAUCUCAUUAUUAAAACUACGUUCGCCAUUUCAGAUGAUUUGCUCCGUUUUUAUUUCCUUCAUGUGUGUAAAUAAUACUUUCAAUUAUGAUGUUUAUUUGCCUGUAACGAUUUCGCCGAACUCCACAAAAGAUUUUUAUUUCGUUCAUGGGUGACAACAGUUCUCACGGAAAUGGCAGCUAUCUGUAGUUAAGUAAAUUUAUUUACAUAAUUAAAGUAUAUUUAAAUAACAAUGGACUUAUAAAUAUACAUAAAAACGAUAAGCUUAUAAGCGAAACGAAACGAAAAGCUUGUAAAAAUGCUUACUAAACUUAACCCAGUCUCGACCUUUUAUCCAAAUCACAGUUCUUAUUAUUCCUAAUCAUUUUCUAUGUUUCUAUUCUCGCUGUUCUCCCAAUUGGAAAAGCUUAAAAUUCAACCUUAAGCCAAUAAUGUUCUGGUCAAUGAAAAUUAUUCACUAUUAUUAUGCCUGUAAAGGGAGCGAGUUCCCAACACAAUCAAUCAAUUAAGAAAUACAAUCAAGCAAAUUUUUAAGCCGAAAUUUACGAAUUAAAAUUUUUAAACGGUUGUGUACGCAAACAAAUAACAAUGGAAAGAUGGACGCGAGAAAAUAAAUGGCAAAUUAACAAUAAUAUCGAGUACCCUAUAAAGCGAUUUUCACGCAUUGCACUUCCUGCGUUUCCCUCCAAGUUUCGAGUUCGAUUUUCUUUUUUAAUUUUACCAGACACAUAAUAUGCAUAUUUUAACAACGCUUCACUUCAUGGAGUUGCAAUCAAUCGAUUAUUUCUGUAUAUUUUACUCGGUCCAACGUAUGCAUGUUACUUAAUCGUUUUGUGUUUGUGCGAAAACGCAGAGAGGUUUAAUUAUUUAAAACGGAAUAACAUAUGAAAUUGCGAGCAAUAAAAUUUCAUAUCUUAUACACAGUACGUAUAUAAAAUUGCUAACAAAUUAUAUAAAUCUAAUUGAGAAUACGUUUACGAAUAAGUUUUUAUUUCACAUCGAUCCCCAACCUCCUGCCCUCCUAUAUCAACGAUCUUCGUUAUUAACCGAUAACCGAAAAGUAUAAAUAGGAGACAACCUUGGUGUUUUCUUUAAAUUGAUUGAUUCAGUAAAACAUUUACAUAAAUAACUGCAAAAUAACCCACCUUUAAAUAUAAAUGAAAGUAAAUUAAUAAUAACAAUUUCUAUACCAUACGAAAAUACUAAACGCAAGACAACGUGUGUAUAACUCUAAGUAAAAGAUAACUACCAUAAAGAAUACGAAUACGAAUACAAACACGAAUAAUGUAUGUAUAUGCAAUUAAUUGUAAUCCUUGAAAUUAUGCACAAAUUGAAAAUCCAAACAAGAAGAACAAAUGCGCACUAAACAACUACAACCAGAGGACAAAACCCGAAAACAAAUCAAAGACGAACAAAAGUUUUAAUCACAUUUUUUGAACGAACGACAAUUGAGGUAAAAGUUUAGAAAACACACACACACAGACAUACAAAUACAUAUAUUUUUGGCCUAUUUUUCUAUAAUCCUAACAAAAACAAGAACGAAAUUUUAAAAGCAAAACGACAACUUCUAUAAGGACAAACCCAAAUGAAAAGACACAAGUUUGACUGUAAAUAACAAAAGCGAAUAGUAAAUUUCCCAAUUGAUUUCAGGUUCUAACUGAACGAAGUACUAACGAAGAUCGUUUUAUUAAUGUUUCAAUUAUCUUUUCUAUACAUUUUCGUUUAAUUUCCAUAAUUUUCAGCCUAUUGAAGAAAUAGAUUAUUUUUCUAAUUGAGCCUUUGCGUCUUGUGCGCUCUCACAGCAAACAGUAUUGUGUAUAAAACAAGAAUUUGUAAAUAAACAUAUUACGUCUAAAUUAGUGGAAAAUCUUUAUUUCUUAAUUUUAAAACCUUUUAUAAUUGUAGAGUAUUUAGUUUUAAAUUUAUUUUUUGAAUACCACGUAAAAAAAUGAGGCAAGUAGCGAGGGUAAAUCCAGAAAAGGGCAAAUACAAAAUAUUAAGCUAAAAACAAAAAACAAAAAAAAAAACAAUUGUUGAAUGUUAAACAAAUACAUACACAUAUACACACAACCAUAGGUACAUACACACACAUACAAAUAUA